AUGGUUAAAAGCGCCUCUGCACUCCAGCGUGCUCUCAUCCCCAUCACAGACGGAGCAUCCCCGUCCUGCCGAGCGCUUCACACAUGCUGACAAAGCUGCGCCAGAAGCUGGGAUAUGGAUGCUCUCAGAGGAAAGGGAUAAGCCUGGACCAAGAGAAGAAACAGAGUCGAGAGAAGAGAAAGGAUUCCAUGAUCUCUGCAGGUGAUGCCGAGUUCCCACGAGAUUACCACACCCUGGCUGCCAGGGGCGGCCGUGGGGCACGGCGGUUCCAGGACAACAGCAAUGGCGGGUUCACGUCUUCCUCGCUGGACCGCCGCCACAACUCUGUGGCUGCAAAGAGCUUGGAGGCCCUGAACAGCAUGCACAAGGCGGACAUCGAACGGCAGCGAGAUGCCCUGAUGGACCUCCAGAAGAACAAGUACACAAACAGUCCUGGCAUCUUGUCACAAGGCUCCGCUGCUGCUGGCCGACAGCAACAACCAAACUACUGGAGCUUCAAGAGCCGUACGCCUCGAGUGACCCGACUCAGCCCAACUCAGCCAGCUCUUGCAGACCAGGCCAACAGGGUUUCUUUUGCCUCAGCUGAAAAUCUGGAGACCAUGUCUGAACCUGACAUCCCCAUCGGCUUUAACCGGAUGAACCGGCUUCGCCAGAGUCUUCCACUGGCCCGCUCGUCUAGUCAGGCCAAACUGCGGGCACCAGGAAUCCUCUUCCUCCAGCUCGGGGAGGAAAUUCGCAGGGUGCACCUGACCCAUGAGCUGACCAGCCUGGACACCCUGAGGGCCCUCAUUGUUCACAUGUUCCCCCAGAGGCUCACCAUGGCCAUGCUCAGGUCCCCCAGCACAGCUCUACUAAUCAAGGAUGAGACCCGUAACGUCUUUUAUGAGCUGGAGGACCCGCGGGAUGUUCAGGACCGCUGCGUAAUAAAAAUUUACUGCAAAGAGCCCAUCUACGGCACUUACCCCGGACACCACAACCCCCACAUCGCUAACGGAGACUUGAGAAGGGAGAUGGUGCAUGCGCCCCAGGACUCUCCAUCAAACCGUCGCCUCGGUAACCCCGCCAUGUCCUCCCAGCAUUCGUCAUCCUCUGCUUCACCUCCUCAAGGCUCACCGUCCCGUGCCCGCCUGCUCUACAGCUCCGGGAGGCCUUCGUCCUACGCGGGGCCGCCCCACCACACCCACUCUUUACCUCACCCACACUCCCAGUCCCAUCACUCCUCUCCCCUCCAGCAGCCCCAGCUCCACCAGCCCCACCACCCCCAGCCGGCCUUCUGUACCUCCUCCAGCGCCAUCCUGGAGCGCAGGGAUGUGAAGCCUGAUGAUGAGGUGGGCGGUUCCAGGAGCAUGGUGCUGCUGCGAGGAGAUGGAGGUGGGAUCUACGCAGACCCGUACGCUUUGGGCCCAGACACGAGUCGGCUGAGCUUUGCGGCAGGUCCUCACUCUCCUCUGCCUGCCCGAGCCGACCCCUACGCUUCCUUAUACCGCCGCGGGGGAGGACCAGGUCCAGGAUCAGUUCGGUCGCUAACCUCCUACUCUGCUGCGGCGUUACAGGGAGAGCUAAUGGAAAGCGGAGUUCUCUACAGGCCCGGGGGGCCACUGUACAACGACGCCUACACUGCUUCCAUGCUGGCAAUGGGUCUGAGGGUUCCACCACCCUCUUCUCCUCAGAAGAUACCUGAUAUGAGGGAUUCCUACGGGGGGACUAUGUCCACUCGCGGUUCUCCAGGGAGGCAGAGUUUAAGAAGGGACUCGGUUACCUCCUCUGUGUUUGGCGACAGCCCCAAAGUCCGGGGCCAGGGUCCAGGGUUGGGUCUGACAGCAGAGCAGCUCUGCCUUAUUGGUGGAGGUGAUGGAGGAGGCAGCACUGGAGGCUAUGGGUCACCGCUGAUGGGGAAUGAAACUGAGACCAGGGAGCGAAUGGAGGCAAUGGAGAAGCAGAUAGCAAGCCUGACGGGGCUGCUGCAGAGAGUACUGACCAGAGCGCCUGAAGCUGACAGUCCGGAGAAGCUCGAGACGGCUAGUGACUGUUCAGGAAAUGACCCUGGACAAACUAAAAAAAAGAAAGCUCUGACACCAUCUGCUCCCCUGGCUCUGAUGCCCCCUCCAUGUUUGGCGGCCAACCAGCCCGUAGCCGUGUCCCGUAUGCAGAUGCAGCUCCACCUCCAAGGCCUGCAGCAGAACACCAAUGCCCUGCGCAAGCAGCUGUCACAGCUGCGCAACAUGCAGCUGGAGAACCAGGACUCCGUUCUGUCUCUACUGCGUCAGACUGAGUCUGAGCUGAGCCUCAUGAUGCUGGACGCCAUGCGACCCCAAGAGGACCCGCUCCAAAGACAGCGGCUCUUAGUGGAAGAGGAGCGGCUGAAGUAUUUGAACCAGGAGGAGCUUCUCAUCCAGCAACUGCACGACCUGGAGAAAUCUGUUGAGGAGCUGCAGAGGAACUCGUCUGUCAACCACGGCCUGGUGACGGAGCAAGAGGUGGAGCAGAAGAGCAAAGAGCUGAGGAUGUUGGGAGAGACUCUCGCUGAACUCAAAAACCAGUUCCCCAGCCUGCAGAGUAAGAUGCGAGUGGUGCUGAGGGUGGAGGUGGAGGCUGUUAAGUUCCUAAAAGAGGAGCCUCAACGCCUGGAAGCUCUACUGAAACGCUGCAACACCAUGACUGAUGCUCUCUGCACACUUCGCAGACAAGUCUCAGAAGGUGUGUGGAAGACCCCUGAAGACCUUUCCAGUCAAUCCCAGAAAAGAUCAGACGACCUGAGUCGCAGCUCUGACCUGGACAUCCUGAACAGUCCUCCUCUCAGCCUCAGUGACCUGAGCACCAGUGCCGGUCUGGCCAACUGGAUGCCCCUGUCCUCCUCUGCCAAUGAAGCUGACACCUCCGGUCCUGAGCAGGACGUCCAGUCAUCCAUGACCUUCAGAAACCGAGUCCUGGAUGAGCUGCCCAGUCGGCGCCCUGCAGACAAAGCCGUGUCUGCUGAAGUCAGACUGGCGGCUGAGCGGGACUGGGAGGAGAAACGUGCCAGUUUGACCCAGUUCAGCGCCCAGGACAUCAAUCGCCUGCUGGAAGAAACCCAGGCUGAGCUGAUGAAGGCUAUUCCAGACUUGGACUUUGCUGCCAAGCACAUAAACAAACCGGCAGUGCCCCCCAAACCUCAGAUUACCCUCCCAAUAAGCUCCACCACAGCUACUUCUUCAGCUGCUGGGAGCACUGGGACCACAGCCACCACUAUGUCCAGUGGGGAGCAGCAGCCUGGCAAAGUGCAGCUCGCUGCUCAGAAGCUUAACAGCAUGGAGGGUGGCGGCUCACAUCGAGGGUCUGUGGACCUCAGUGUAGCCAGAUACAAAACAGAAAAACCGUCCAAGUCUCCUCCACCGCCUCCCCCUCGCCGAAGCUUCCCGUCGGCUCACGGCCUCACCACGAACCGCACCGGAGAGGUGAUCGUCACCAACAAGAACCAGAAGAUUGAAGAAGAUGGUGACAUGCCAAAAACUUUGGUAAAGCUAAGAAGGACCCCCUCAGACACACCCCGCCCAGCCUCCACUCCACCUGUGAUCGCCGCCUCAGCCAUUCAGGAUGAAGAUGACGAAGAGAAGAUUCUCGCUGAGCUAGAGAAUAGCAGUAACUCGCCAGGACCAACGAAAGGUCCCACCGUCGCAGCCCGACUCAAGCACCUUCAACAGGGCAGCCUGGAGAGACCAAAAACCCGCAAGCAGAAAGAGGAUUUCCCCAAACUCCAGGGCCAGCAGCAGGUAUUCCACUUCUAACCCCUCUGACGCUCCGCCUGCCUCUCCUCUCUGCUGUCACUUCAGAGGAAGCUCCGCCUCUUUGUCCCAGAAGACUCUAUGAGGGAGAACAAACUGAUUUUCACCUCCUCUUCUUGUGUGUUUUAAUGUUUGGGUGGCUGGAUUUGGACGAGCUUGUUGAAGCAUCAAGUUUUUGUCCAGUGUGUUAGAUUUUUUUCCACUAACCUAAAUUCAGUCAGAAGAAUUCUGAUCAUUCAUCAUGUUAAAACUGCUGCCUUUAAAUAGCCAGAAGGACACAGUUUAUUAUGCAGAAUGAUUGGAGCGAGGUUGUAUGAGUUUAAUUCAUGCAGGAAAUGAAUUCAGAAGCAGCAGAAAGAGCAAAGCAGACAUGGAAAACAAAAUGCACAUGGAGGCACAAAAAAUAUAACAGUUUAAAAAGAAUUCUGCAUACGUAAUAUUAAAUAUUGCUUAAAAAAUACAAAAGAUGAGCAUAAAUUGAUGUCCUUUUAUAUUGUUUUUUGAGGCUGACUUGACUGUUUAUUUUACUGGCUGGAAAUACCUCAUUCAAUCAUUUUCCCCUAAAGCCCUUUCCUGAAAAACAUCUUCAAUUUAGCUUUUGUCCAAGCAAAAAGGAUGCAGUUGUGAACUGAUUAUCAACAACAGUUAAAUUGGUCACUAUUUUGUGACUCUACAGAAUUUACAAAGCAUUUGUUGCUUGUUCAAAUUAAAAUUAUGUUGUUUUUUUUUCUACAAGAUUCAAACCUGCUGCUCACAGACUGCAACACAAACCAAGUAUACAGGAGUCACCAAAAUAAUUCUGUAAUAAUAAAGCCCUACAGGAGUACAUAAAUAUAACUUACAGUCCCAUAAUUAGUCAGAUCAUUUUAUCUCCAUGUAGAUUUCACUAAAUUGGAGAAAGUUAAUUUAUUUGAGUAAAAGCAAGCAGGGAUAGCUCAACAUAAACAGGUUCUAAGUCCUGCUGGGAAAUUAAUAGAGGAACAAAUGAAGAGGUCUAAAUGUUCUGGUGAACAGCUGCACUGACACUGGACUUGAUAAAGCUCAGUGGACCAGCUGAGCAGAUGAAAUGUCACCCCACAUGGCCAGGGAAACGCCACACUGGACUCCAAAUUGGAUUCAAAUAAAGUGAAAAUUUAAUUCAAAAAGAGUAGCAGUCUAGUCCUUCCUGGACUUUGCUUCACAAUCGAUUUAUGCUGCAAUCUUCCUGUUGCUUGUGCACUUAUUUUCUACUACACUUCUUCCUUCUAAUAAACCUUCUGCUAAUUAUGCAAAGUAAAUUUCCACAAAGUAAAUCUGUGCAACGAAUGCUGCAGACAAAAUUCUAAUCUGUUGAGAUGCACACCAAAAACAUCAAAGUACAAAACCUGGAGCUAAGACACUGUUGAGGAAAUAGAAUCCGUUCCCUUCCUCAUGUUUGGAUUCGUGAACUCCAGUAAAACCUCCAGAAGAAAUUAAGUCCAGCCUGAGCAGAGUUAGUGAUAAACGCACAGCUUGUUUGAAAACGGAGGCUGGAGUAUUAUUGUCUCCAUGAAUGGAUGAAUCAUAUCUGCUCCUUCAGAACACAGCCAACCGCUUUCGACCUAGCUAUGUUUCUGAGAGUACCAAGCACAUCCAGCUGGCCACUCAAAGCUUUUUCAGUUUUCCUCUGUAGGCUUUCAGGCUUUAUACAUUCAGAGGAUCUCUGCACAGAAAAUGUAUUCCUGAAACAUAAAAGCUCAGAUGUUUGUAAAGUAAAGAAAGUAAAGCCUCUGUACUGUUAUAUUACAGCCUCAUAUUAAGAAGGCCAUGGCCAGUGGUUUGAAAUCUGUCUGUCCUAGCAACAAAUCAAAUAUAAUACUCCAACCACAGCUGUGGUGCUAAUGCAACACUUAAAUCAUUCCUGUACUGUAGUUUGUAUAAUCAGAAUAUUAUAAUAAUAUUACAGAAGCAGUUUGGUACUGAUAAUAAAAGAUUCAAUUUCCGUUUGUAUUGUUAGUCAUAUUCAAUCAAGUUCCAGUCAAAUACAGAGAAACUGCAGAAAAAAGCUUUACUCUUUAAUUGGAAUCUAGAAUGAAUCAAAUUUGUUUUAAAAACAAAAGUAUAAAAUUUUGAUGCUGUACAAAAUAUUUUUCUGCCUUCAGAUAAAAAAGCCUCAAUAGCAACACUUAAAAGUCUCAAUCUUUCAAAAUGUGCAGAUACACAAAACAAACUACAUGUCAUCGCUUGAGAUAAAACUGGAAACAUAUGAUUUAUGUAAAAGAAACUAAAAUAUUUUAUGUUAGUUGAAGUGGAGUUUAACCCUGUCAUACAUAACAUGAUGUAUAUUAAAUGCAUUCGUUUACAGAUUUUAAAAUCUAAUGCAAGUAAUUCCUGCAAUAAAAUUAAUCACAUUUACCUUUAGCAGAAAGUAAAAAAAAUAUAUAUAUAUAAAUGUUCCCAAAAUAAGUUUUAAAUAUGCGCAUCAGUUUUAUCUCUUGUCGGUUUUGGAGACAAAAAGUCCUUUUGUGCCCUGUUAGAACUGGCUUAAGUAAAUUUUCUUGUCCUGUUUUAGUAUGUUUGAUGGAGAAAAAAAAAAAGCUCUUCUAUGUCAAACAGUUGGUACAUUUUAAAGUUUCACAUUUCCUCAAGCUUCUAACAUUAAGAGUGGACCAGACGGACCGUCCACAUGGAGAUAUGACAAUUCUACACUGCUGCUGACUUUAACUCAACUUUAAUUUGAUGCUCGACUUAGGUUUAUGCUCUAACUGAGGAAAAGUUGCUCAGUGCCUUCCAAAAGUAUUCUUACCCCUUGUAGUUCCUCACAUUUUGUCUCCUGUCAGUCAAAUCCACAAACUACAGCAUAAUUUAUUGAGAUUUUAAGUGAAGUGGUAAAUAGGUGCCAACUAAAAAGUAAAGGACGAAUACAUUGAUGUGGUGGGAAUUUGUAUCCACUCCCAUUUAAUCAGAAACCCAUAAAUGAAAUGCAAUGCAACCAGUUUGCUUGAGUGUGUAGUUUAAUGUAGGUACAAAUCCAAAUGUUGUGUGAAGAUUUUAAAGGUUAUUGAAAAAGAUUACUGGACCAGCAGCAUCAUGAAGAUCACAGAACACAGUAGAGCGGUCAGAGUUGGGUUGGAAAACAAGAUCCCAAACUUUGAGCAUUCCACAGGGCUCUCUUCAAUCCAUCAUCUGAAAAUGGAAAAAAGUAUUGUACAACUUCAAACCUACCAAUAUUCAGCCUUUCACCUAAACUGAGGAGGGCAUUAGUCAAGUUUGACCUUUGAGGGAAAAGGGCAAAAAGAAAGUCAUUAUCGGCAAAAGUAGUCUGAUUUGCAGGUUGCUUCAAACUCAGAAAAUACGUAGAAGAAGGUGCUUUGGUCACUUUCUAUUAAACCUGCAAUCCUGAAUAAGCAACCAGAGCUACAACUGAAUUGCUUACAUCUAAUAAUAUACACGUGUCAGAGAAGCGGAGUUAAAUCUCAGCCCUAAAUCUCAUUGAAAAUUUCAAAAUGUAUGUUCAGACACUAUUCAGUCUGAAAUAUUUUGUAAAGAAGAAAAACUAGAUGUCCAAAGCUGCUAUAGACAGACUCAGAGUGCUUAUUUACAUUCCUAUUCUCACUAAUGUGCAGCUUUCUGUUGGUCCUUUACAUAAAAUCCCAAUGAACCACAUUAAAGUUUGUUGUAACGUCACAAAAUGUGAAGAAUUCCAGGGAAUUUGUUUGUAAGCCUCGGUAAAUCAGCCAGGUUCACCCAACGACUUUAUGCCAGGUUGUUUUCCUGCAUCAUUUCUGUUGCUCCAAGCGUCUCCAAUAUUAGUCUCCCUGAACGUAACUUGUUUUCCUCUCGGUUCGCUGAACAUUUGGAUGGACAAACUGUCUGCAGACUCCCGGAUGUCUGAUGGGAGAGAACCUGUCUGUCCAGCUCAUUUUUCCGAGCCGUUCAUCAGCAGUGGCAGCAGAGUGGAGUAGGGGACGGCCGGCCUUUUGUUGUUUUUAUUCCACUUGGUUGAUGAAUUUGGCUCGGAGAGAAGCUGUGGAGUCUCCUGCUGCUGCUUCUGCUUCCGGGCGGUUUGAAGAGUCAAAAACUCAAACGUUUUUGACUCUUAUUCAGAGCUGUGGGCUCCUCGCAUUCCUCCUCCUACACUCCCAUUCUCAUGUCUCUUGCCCUUAUUUCUUCUUCUAUUCAUCUCUUCUUUCUUAAAUUCCUCAGUCUCUUAUUUCAUUCUUCCUCUCUCUCUUUUUCCUUCCUCUACAUUUACUCUUCAUGUCCUUUAUUCUUUUUUACUUUCUCUUCUUUCCUAACAUCAUCCUUUCAAUCUCUUGUCCUUUCCUACUCAGCCUUAAUUUUCUUGCAUCCUGCCUUUUGUUCCUGUCCUCUUUCCUCUUCCUCCUCUUCUGCUGCGUCACUCGGAGGAGGAAGGGAAACAGAAUAAGGACAGAUUUUUCUGUCCUGCAGCUCUGACAGCAGCUCUGCUUCAGCUCAGCGACAGCCACGCACACGAGGACCGUCACGCCGAUGCACCAAAACCUGACGUUCCCAUCGGCCAAUCAGAUUGAAUCGCAGAGCAGGGUAGUGCAGAGAUGAAGGGUUUAAGAGAUUUAACAAAAACUUGAUGUGUCUGUUAGUAAAUUUUGAUUUUUAUGUUUUCUCCCCUUUCACUGCUUCAUGUCUCCAUUAAAUUUUUCCCUUUUUUGCUCUGAAACUUCCCCUCCUCCCUCUGCUUGCUUUUUGGGGCAGUCCUGAGCUUCUGCUGCUCACUGAUCCGGCCGAUCAUCAUCAUUUCUGCCGACGUUUCCCUUCACUGCUUUUUUCUGACAUCUUUUUUUAGUCCGUCAGCCAGCCUUUUUUUUUUUUACCUCUCCUCUUCGUCACUUGCUUUGCCUUUUGUCAUCCUGUCUGCUUCUCAGGUCUCUCAGGUCUCAUCUGGACUAAUUACGUGAGGACUGAGUACUCGGAUCAUUCCACUUUUGGACCUCUAAAUCCUAAUUCACACCUCAAAGGUGACUGUUGGUUAAAAUGUCACAGUUUGGAGGCAAACAGGAGCUCCUGUUGUCUGCUGAGAAAUUAAUGUGACUAUGCCAAUUCAUGUGUAAAAUUUGGAAAGUGACUGCAGCAGUUCUGGACCUGCAACAUGAAGCAGUUUAACACAUCUAAUGUGUAAAUCCAUCUACCACCAUAACUAACAACCUAACACCAGAUCUAUGUCCCAGUUUUAUGCUUAAUUGAGGACUGGCAGAUUCUGUAUAUGUAAUAAAAUUAGUUUUUUAGUUUUAUUCAGUGAAUUCUGCAACAAACACACAAGUAAAAGCUGCAUGAGUGUUUCACUUUAUGUUACAGGUGGAUUUCAGUAAAUAAGAAUAUAAUUGAAAAGUACACGCAUUUCAGUCAUUCACUUCAAGAAAUCAAUAGAAAUAAACUGGAAACAUAAAACUGAUAAAUUUCUGUUGUUUGAGAUGAAUGUUUUGAAUUAAAUGACUAAAAAAUAACUUUGUCUUGAUCUUCUAAUUUACUGAAAUUUACCUGCAUUUUGCCAAAUCUUGCAUUAUUAAGAUAUGAAAGUAUUAACUGGAUUUGUCAAACAUAAAAGUAUUUAAAUUUAUCUAUUGCUUCACCUCUGGCAAUUCAUUAAGCUGCUUUAAAACGGUCCAGAGCAGCAAUGUUGAAUAAUAACCACAAUGGGUUGAACUUGCUUGAAUUUCAUUUUCUGGCAGCUACACAUAAGCGGAUGUUUUAAUAUGAAAGGAAGCCAAUGAUAAAUGAAUAGACAGGUGACAUUAAUGAGUAAAUAUUACCUCUCAGAAGAUCUAUGUCCAAGUUUAGUUCAGAGUAAAACUGGAUAACCAUUUAGAAACCGAGCUGAAUUCAGAGCUAGUUCAUAUUGGGCCUGAUCACUUUCUUUGCUACCUGAAUUCAGUUGUCUUAUUUAGGUUUAGUCCUCUUGAGCAUAUUUUGGUCAGGUAAAGUGCAUUUUAUUAUGGCCAAAUUAAAGCUUCUCAGAUAUUUUUGUAGACAUACAGUACUUCUACUUUACUCAUUAGGCCUGUUAGGCCACUUCAAUUAUACCCAUAAUUUAUUCAAUUCAGUUUAAUGCCGUUGAAAAGUAUUUGCAUCUUUGACUGUUUCUUCGCUUUUUGUCACACACAAAUGUUUCAGAUAAUGAAACUAAAUUUAAUAUGACAGACAACCUGAUUUUUUUAAAUUUAAUAAACUGAUUGAUAAGGAGAAAACGUUCAAGCCAACCUGGCCCAAGGUGAUAGGAUAUUUGCCACCUAAACCUGAUAGAUGAUCCGGUCACAGUUGGUGGCAACAAUAAUAACCACCAGUGAGAAUUGUGGUGCACUUUUCUUUGUACAAUUGAUUUAAUUACACUACAUUAGAGGGUUUGCAAGUUUUGACAGCAUAUUUAAGUUUUUGAGAAAGCAUUUUUAUUUAUAUUUAAAUUUAGCCUUAAAUCUAAGAGUUUGCUUACAUUUCUUUCCGUUUGUUUGAGCCAUUGAGAAGUGGACUUGCUGGAGUGAUUUUGAUCAUUGUCUUGCAUAACUCAAGAGCUUAGAGUCAAAAGUUUGUGGAUGGACAUUUUUUUGUAGAUCAGAAUUAAUGUUUUGAUUGAUUACUGAAGCCUGUCCAGUUCUGAUACCAUUAUCACUUCCACCACCAUGUGGGACUGUCGGUAUAAUAAUCACACUUUCCAUUUAAUCCCUCUUAUGUCUCGUCAGUCCACAGAAUCUUUACUCAGAAGUGUUGAGGAUCAUAAACAUGAAUUUUUGGAAAUGUGAGAGAGACCAUUUGUGGUAUUUAUUGGUUAGGAUGGAUUUUCUCCUUUGAAAUCUCCCAUGGAUGCCUUUUUUUUCUUAUUGUUCAGUCAUGAACACUGACCUUACCUGAGGCAAGUAAGGGCUUCAGAUGUUGUUCUGGGUUAUUUUGUGAUGUCCUUGAUGAAUCGAUGCACACCGACCACUCUCGGGAAAGAUCUCCCCAUUUCUAUUCUUUCUCCACUUGUGGAUAAUGGCUCUCUGCAGUCCAAAAGAGCUUUAGAAGUGGAAAUAUGCAGCCUUGUCCAAACUGAUAGAUGUCAGAUUUUGUUACUCAUCUUUUCAAGGCUGUUUUCUUUUUAAGAUCUUUAAGCCUACUUGAUGUCAGAUGGGUUCUAAGCAUUUCUGUCCUGGUCUGGUAGUAAUCAGGCCUGGGUGUGACUGGUGAAAUUGAAUGAAAAAUGUGAGCAAUCCCAAUUAAUUUACAGUUCAGCAAAAUAAGGAAUUAUAAUUUCAUACAGGUUGGUGUUGACAGUGUUUUUCUCUUUAACAAGAUAUAAUUAAGCUUCUUUGUAAUUAGACUAUAUCUGUCUGACUUUUUAAAAAAUUCUAGAAUUAAAGUGUUAAAAACAAAGUAAACAAAAAUAAAUAUUAAGUCAAAAAGCACUUCAAAGCACAGGCCCUUCAGAAGAUGAAGGAAUCCUCUACAUUUACAGAAAUAAAUUUGAGCUUGCUUGCUAUAACACUCUCCAGUUGCAAAAUUUGAAGGGGCCUGCACGUUUAUUCAGUCAUACUUCUGCAGCUCCACAGACACCUUAGUUUGAACACUUAAGACAUGUGCCUUCACUUUGCAAUUUUAUUUACAGUUAGCAUUCCCCUGAAAUAAGAACAGGUGAAAUAUCCUGCCUACAUGAUGUUCAAAGCAGACCAGAUCAUGCCCAGUAGAGCAAACAGUUAACAUUUCUAAAUGAAACUGUUUGUCUAAAAGUCCUCAGUUUAUAGCAGCUGUUCACUCCCCUAUGUCAUCAGACAGCACCACUCAAAAGUUAGUUAAUUAAAAAGCAUUAGGUUUAAAAUUCAUGGACAUUCAUGCUUAUACAUGAUAUUAAGGGUGAAACUGGGACACAGGCAUGUUAACAUAAAAAUUUAAGUUUUCUUGUAAUUUGGACUGAAACAGAAACAAGACAUGUUGAGCUAAAAGGCUUUUGGAUUAAAAUGAGACCAAACCAGUGUUUCUGAAAGGAUUGGUGUUUAUACGCGAGGGAAACUACAUUAAGAGUUUAUAGUUGACUUGUUUAUGAAAUGUAGGAACAGAUUAGCUAAUCCAGAUUUAGAAAAGUUUAAAUCUGACCGGAAACACUUCAGAUGUAUGUAUAUUAGUAUAAAACCAUUUAGUUUUUGUUUUAGAGAGAACAUGUAAAAAAGAACAAAAAAAUGUCAUCUAUGUUUUAUAUAAUCAAGCUUUUUUUGUAUUUUUAUACUUGAAGAGGAUUCAUAAGCAUGGAACACAUUUAUUCUGUAAAUUCUUUAUUUUUCUGCGUUAAAGAUUUUAUUUUUUCUGCGAACCAUGAAACAAACCAUAAUCACACGUUGCCGUAGAGACCUGAAAACACUCCUAAUACAAACUGUAAAAUAGUGCCACCACAUUUAUUAAAAAAAAAGCACAUGAAACAAUCCCGUCACUGAUGAGACAUCCCGUUUGUAGCCGUUUUAUUCUAUUCUAACCAACAGUGUGUCGGAUUAUACAGAUUCAACUGUUUAUCGAUGGUUUCUUGAUGAGCGUGUGAUUGUUCAACCAUUUGUGGAUGUUCAGAUCAUGUAUAUAAACCCAAAUAAUAUAUUACAAAUUGAUUUUAUGUGAUUUUUUUUAUAUAUAUAAAGGGGGGAAAAUACUCCAAAAUGGCAUGCAUACUGUAAACAUUCCUGGAAAAUCUGCACGCCGGCUGAACUGACGUCUCAUUUUAAUUCUGUGUAUACCUGUGAGUGUACCAUAGAGUAAAGAAAACUGUACAGCGACAUAUAGAUUUUUGUAUUCUGUCAAAAGCCCUACUGUCAGAAUAAAUAAGAAAAAAGAAAUCAACUAUCACACUUGUGAAGAAAGAUAUCUAAAAGAUAUUUAUCAACUAAAUGCUGUUCCUUCAGUUUGAAAGUGAUGCUUGCUGUGUGGGGUAAGUGUUGUUUGUGAACUGUGAAGAAGAAUGAUAAACUACUACAAAGUCAGUAUACUGUAAGUACAAACCAACUAAUCUGUGCAGAACAAAGCACAAAUCUGUCAAUGGAAAAGAAAAAGAACAAAAAACAAAAAAACGUUGCUGCUUCAUGUGAGAAAAUCCAACAAACAGGUUGCUGCUUUUUGUACGUUCCUGUUGUGUUUUUGUGACAAUAAAGGUGACCCUCUGAUACACAA